GCGCUGUGUUCUUAUGAAAAGCUCUUGCGCAGCUUUCAUGGCGGUAUGUGGCGGAGAACACACAAUAAAAACAAUAUUAUUUGGCAUGAAUUAAUGGAGCAGGAAUAAUGGAAAAGACCGAGGAGCCUCCUUCCUCAAACAACGAAGAAGAGAGUUCGGCAAAAGAGAAAAUCUGGUGUUUGCAGCGCGUGGGAAGAGACUCUGACUGGCUGCGUCUGUUCGAGGAUUCUGAGGUUUCUGUUGGCCGUGGUCUGAAUGUGACCCAUCAGAUUCUGUCAUCCAGCUGCCCGCUCAUGAUAUCCAGAAUCCACUGUGUGUUCAAGCUAAAUGAAGGCAGACAGUGGACCGUGACGGACAAUAAGAGUCUGAAUGGCGUGUGGGUGAACGGCAAACGGAUCCCACCCUUGAGUCCCUGUAUCCUCCACCAGAGCGACUCUGUGAGACUCGGCGUCCCUCUUGAUGGAAACCCUGUAGAGUUUGACUACAUCCUCGUGCAGAAGAACUUCAAUGACGUCAAAUCAUUCCUGUCUGGGAAUCUCGGGAAAGACUCUGGCGCUGCGUCAUUAAGCCAAAAACUGAAAAACUCUAAGCGCAAGUUUGAUGGAGGAGACGAAUCAGAGCCGUGUCCCACUCAGCACUCCAAAUCCAAGCUGUACCGCAGCUCCGCCCCAGAUAAAUCCCGCGCUCAGCCCUGUCCAUCCGGGGAACGCAGGGAGACUCUAAAGCUUUGCUCUAGACCGUUGGAGGAGGAUAGAGAUAAAGCAGGCAGCAGCUCGAGCGCAUCCAGCGACAGCAGUCAGCAUCUGGCGACUCUGCAUCGAUACAAUAGGAGUCUGAUGGUGCUGAAGGGCCGCGUGGGCGACACGCAGAAGCGUGCGGCGGAGCUGGAGCAGCAGCAGACGCAGACACCAGAGCGAGAGAAGGAGAUGCAGGACCUGCAGACACAGCUGGAGGCGCUGCGGGGUCAGCUGAGGUCACAGCAGGAGCAGGCGCUCAGGCGCAUGGAGACGCUGGAGAAAUCCUUCUGUGAGGAGGAGCGGCGGCUGGAGACUGAAAAAGCACAACAGAACGAGGUGGGCUUGAAGAAACAACUGGAGGAGGCGUUGAAAGAGCACCGGAAGGUUAUUGAGGAGCUCAAACACGCUCGGCAAGGAUUCAAGGAAGUCCUUCAAGCCAAAGAUAAGGAGCUGGAAGUUACAAAGGAAGAGAAAGAAAAGGCCAAGGCUCAGAAAGAGGAAGUGGUCACACAGAUGACUGAGGUGCUGGAAAGUGAACUGCAAUGCAGCAUUUGUUCAGAGCUCUUCAUUGAGGCCGUGACUCUGAACUGUGCCCACAGCUUCUGUCAGCACUGCAUCAGUGAGUGGCGCAAUCGCAAGGAUAAGUGUCCGAUGUGCUGGCAGAACAUCACAUCUCAGACUCGCUCGCUGGUACUGGACAACUGCAUCGACCGCAUGGUGGAGAACCUGAGUGCAGAUAUGCGGGAGAGACGCCUGGUGCUGAUCAAUGAGCGGAAAGGUCUAAAAGUGAGUGCAUCUCCAGCAGUGGUGGUAAUAAAUGAUGACAGCGACAGUGAAAACAGCAGCAGCAGCAGCAGCGACGGCGACACUUUCUUUCAGAGCAACAGCUCCAUAUUCCCAGACUCAUCCGAAUCAGAUGACUCUCUGAUUCUAGAAGAUUCAUCCUGGACUGAGGAGGACGAUUAUCUCUGAGUUAAAGCACUCGUCAGGACACAGGCACAACCCGUUUCUUUUGGUUUGGUUUGGUUUAGACAUGCUAUUUUUUAUGUUUGUGGCUCACUGUAUGACUUGUUUGAGCUUUCCCCUGUUAAUAAUAAAAUUUCUAAUUAUUUUGCA